AGUAUCAAUUAGUCAUGUAAAGUAAUGUUUUUUUCGCUAUUAUAUCUCGAGAAUUUCAUAAACCGAAUCUAGUAAUCAAUGGUGUUUGUAAGAGACGGGAAACUUUUUUUUUAAUAUUUUAUAUAAAGUUCAGGUACAGUGUCAUAUGAAGUUAAAGAACAAACUGCUGAAUAAAGUAAUCUAUCAAGUUCUUGAAAUGAUAACUACAGCAGACCUUCAUCAGUAUUGACGUGUGGGGCUCAUUGUAUUUGUUGACCGUACCUGUCACCAACUAUUCUCGUAUGUCCGUAAUGGAAUCAAUUUAUGUUUUAUCGUUAGCUUUGUCAACUUAUGUCCUGUUAGUGGAAUGCAAUUCAAUAUACAGCAUCAGGAAAUUUCCGGCGAGAUUAAUUUUUGGGACGGCGACAGCCUCUUAUCAAGUGGAAGGUGCCUGGGACGUCGACGGAAAAUCGGAAAAUAUCUGGGACCAUUUAACUCAUACAAAUCCUUGCAAAGUGCUGGACUGCUCUAAUGGUGAUGUCGCUGACAACUCUUAUUAUCUCUAUAAAAGAGAUGUGGAAAUGAUGCGCGAGUUAGGACUCGACACUUACAGGUUUUCUAUCUCUUGGACCAGAAUCCUUCCUACUGGUUUUCCAGAUUACAUCAAUAAAGCUGGAGUAGCAUAUUACAACAACUUAAUUGAUGAAAUGCUAAAAUAUAACAUUCAGCCGAUAGUAACUUUAUACCAUUGGGACCUACCACAGAAAAUACAAGAGAUGGGAGGCUGGACGAAUAGUGAAAUUGUUAAUUGGUUUGGGGACUACGCGCGAGUUAUAUUUAAACUUUUUGGUGACAGAGUAAAAUAUUUUAUCACUUUUAAUGAACCUUAUUCAAUUUGUCAGUUUGGUUAUGGAGAAGGUAUAUUUGCACCAGCAUUAAAGAUACAAGGUAUAGCUGACUAUUUAUGCAUGAAGAAUGUACUAUUAGGUCACGCUAGAGCUUAUCACAUUUAUGAUAAAGAAUUUCGGGUGAAUCAAAAUGGAAAAAUAUUCAUUACAAUAAACGCCGAAUUGUUUGAACCCAAAACGGCAAAAGACGAGGAAGCAGCCCGGGAUGCUAGACAAUUUUAUUGGGAGGUUUAUGCUCAUCCAAUAUUUUCAAAAAGUGGAAAUUUUCCUCCAGAAAUGACAAAGAGGAUAGCGGAUAAAAGUGCUGCACAAGGUUUUCUCAGAUCUAGAUUACCAGAAUUAUCUAGAGCGGAAGUUAAAUUUGUACAUGGAACCUCUGACUUCUUUGGACUGAAUCAUUAUUCCACAUAUAUUGUCUAUAGAAAUGAGAGCGCACCUGAAAUUCAUCCUGUACCAUCAUUCGGUGACGAUCUGGAUAUAAUAGCAUAUCAGUUACCCGAAUGGAAAAUUGGAAGAUCAAAUUUUACUAAGUACGUUCCAUGGGGCUUUCGGUCAUUAUUUAACUACAUCAGCCAUCAAUACGGAAAUCCACCUAUCUUGGUGACUGAGAACGGAUUUGCAACAUAUGGUGGUAUUAUCGACGAAGACCGAGUGACAUACUUCAGAGGCUACUUGAACGCUGUCUUAGAUGCCAUCGACGAUGGUGUUGAUAUAAGAGGUUAUAUUGCCUGGAGUCUCAUGGAUAAUUUCGAGUGGUCAAAAGGAUACACGGAACGCUUCGGUCUGUAUGAAGUCGACUACAACGACCCAAACCGUACUCGCACGCCUCGCAAGUCCGCUUAUGUACUGAAGGAGAUUAUAAGGACACGAUCUAUUGAUCCCAACUAUGAACCUGACAUGAGCCAACCCCUGACCAUUGAUGAUGGACUCUAAUUCAUGAUAAUGUUUUUCACUACAAAAAAAGAUUUAUCUAUUUGAUACUAUUCAUACAUUUUCGAUGUGAAAAUUUCCGAUUUAGUUGUAACACCUCAAUAAUAUAAUAUUAUGUCCUAACAUAUGAAUGUGAUGUUUUGUAAGGGAGUAAUCUAUUGUUUUAUUUUUUGAAUAUAACAUAUUAAUUGAAUCGAAAUAUGAACGAUAGCCAUUUAUGUACUUUUGCCAUUUCAAUGGUUGAUCAUUGAUUCCUUUACUAAAAAAAUAAUCAGACGGGAAUCAAUAAACUAAACUAAAAUCGCUUUAGAUUGCCUCGUUUGAGUUGAAUUUUAUCCGUUGCAAGAAGUUAUCCAAAUUUUGUUAAAUAAUGAUAAUCUGAUGGAGCAAGGUCCGGGGAGUACGGUGGAUGUCCUAGACAUUCCAAUUU